ACUUUACAACUCUCAGACUGGGCGACUGGCCAUGAGGGGAAAACCAGUGCAAAUUCCCCAGGCCCAGUUGUCCGGAAGAAGACGAGGCAAGUCCGCGUAAAGAUUUUUAGACGAUGCACCUUGCCUAAGGAACAGAGGGGCAAGGGAAUUCGGAACCCAAAUCCCCUCUAAGACCCUGAUUACUAACUAGUAACCCAGGAGGUUGCAGCUUAACCACUACGGGAACUUGAAGUCCCGGCACGCCCCGAUAGGGCCAUUGUCACGCCCCCAGGGGGCGGGGCACUGCUUAUACCGCUAAGGUAAAGUUUGCUGAAGUUCACCCUAAGGCUCCGCCUCUGAUCCCUGCGCAGGCGUAGCUCAAAUCUUUCACGCCCUCUAGUCGUGAGCGGAUCUGACGCCUGACGUAAUGGCGUAGACGCCAUUUUAGCCGGUCCCACAAGCACUGCAUGUGGCGGCCAUUUUGUUUUGGACACCGAGCCGGAGCUGGCGGCCGCUGCAGACGAAAGGCAAGAAAGGGCAGGCCGGGUGAGCAGACGGAUCGGCCGGCUAGACAGCCAACCAGCAACAACGAACUGAGCUCGCAUACUACCGCUUACGCAUCUGACCAACCGCCCAUCUAGCUAACCCGAGCCCCUCCACCGUCAACUCAGGUUCGGCCGGUCCCCGGCCCGCCUGCCGGAGCCGUGGUGGCAGCCCCGGGAGGAGCACUGGCGUCUGUUUCCUUCGAUUCUCGGGAUUUGAAGAUGGCUGCACAGUCAGCGCCGAAAGUUGUGCUAAAAAGCACCACCAAGAUGUCUCUAAAUGAGCGCUUUACUAAUAUGCUGAAGAACAAACAGCCGACGCCAGUGAAUAUUCGGGCUUCGAUGCAGCAACAACAGCAGCUAGCCAGUGCCAGAAACAGAAGACUGGCCCAGCAGAUGGAGAAUAGACCCUCUGUCCAGGCAGCAUUAAAACUUAAGCAGAGCUUAAAGCAGCGCCUGGGUAAGAGUAACAUCCAGGCACGGUUAGGCCGACCCAUAGGGGCCCUGGCCAGGGGAGCCAUCGGAGGACGAGGCCUACCCAUAAUCCAGAGAGGCUUGCCCAGAGGAGGACUACGUGGGGGACGUGCUACCAGAACCCUACUUAGGGGCGGGAUGUCGCUCCGAGGUCAAAACCUGCUCCGAGGUGGACGAGCCGUAGCUCCCCGAAUGGGCUUAAGAAGAGGUGGUGUUCGAGGUCGUGGAGGUCCUGGGAGAGGGGGCCUAGGGCGUGGAGCUAUGGGUCGUGGCGGAAUCGGUGGUAGAGGUCGGGGUAUGAUAGGUCGGGGAAGAGGGGGCUUUGGAGGCCGAGGCCGAGGCCGUGGACGAGGGAGAGGCGCCCUAACUCGCCCUGUAUUGACCAAGGAGCAACUGGACAACCAAUUGGAUGCAUACAUGUCGAAAACAAAAGGACACCUGGAUGCUGAGUUGGAUGCCUACAUGGCGCAGACAGAUCCCGAAACCAAUGAUUGAAGCCUGCCCACCCUCCCAUGAGAGACUCUUGUUAGUCAACACAUCUGUAAAUAACCUUGAGAUAACAGAUGAGAAGAAAUCUGAUUGAUGCUGGAUGGACCUAUCACAAUAGGUUGUGGACUUACUUGCCACCAGCUUGUGCAUUUAGUGUGUUACUUUUUGAUACUGUGUUGUAUGAAACCCUUUUGUCCUUUGAUUUGGUUUUUUGUUUUUGUUUUUUUUUUGGCGGUGGGGGGGUUCCCCUCCUUUGCCCAGACUUCUCUUUGAACACAAAUGCAUUAGCCUUGUGGCUAGAACAUCCUCUUCCUACCUCUGUCUCCCCUCACUUGUCAUAUGCUAUGACAUGCUAACAUUUCUUUUGUUCAUCUCUGUUGCCACCACAGAAAGAUGCCAGAAAAACCGGUCAGUGUUCCUCCCUGAUGCUUAGGUUUCUGAGAUAGGGUUCUGUUACAUCCUCUUUGAUAGCCUAUUUAAAAUAUUUAGAAAGUCUGGAGCUCAAAAAUGCAUUCUUCCACAUUGAUAAUUUAGUAAACUGAGAACAUUGACAUCACUACAGGGCAGCAUAAGAGGUUGCUUACCUGUGGUAGCAGCUCUGAUUUGAUUGAAGUUGCUGUCAUGUACAUUGACACCACAUAUACCAUAACCAGCGUGCUGGGUUGAAUUGCACUUUCUACCCUUGUAUGAGAUUUACAAACUUUUCUCCAGGGUGUGUAUCAUGGCCAGAGGGAUACUAUAGGGUUGGUUUAUACUGCAAUAUAGAGGAAGAAGCCAUUUGAUUUGGUAGGUGUGUCAGAAGGAAGAAUGAUGGCAGACGAACUGCUGGAAGAGGUCAGAAGAUACCCAUGCUAAAAUGCAAUUACAUCCUCAUGUUUAUCCCAAACUAAUUUUGGACUUUCCCACUCAUUAGCUUUGUUUCACCUUUAUUUCCCUUGAAGGUUCAAUUAAGUUCAACCAUAUUCUA